AUGGCGAACCCCAUGACAAGUCAAUAUCCCCAGCCACUGUCUUCUCCGGCGCCCGCUUACCUGCGAUCUUCACCUCCGAUUCCCGCUCCUCCUAAACUCACACCGCGACCCAUUCCUCAGCGACCCAUCCCUCAGCGACCCCAGAGCUUGAACCUGUCUCGGAAACCAGUCCCAACGUCAGCAUUGGACUCGGAGAAUGCCUCGGUGAUUCAGACUGCACCACGCUCACCCGUCAAGAUUGACAACCCAAUAAAUGUGCCGCAAGCCUCGAGCGCACAGAUCGAAACUCUUCGCAAUCGCUCCGUGACACCGCAACUGGAGCUUCCCAAGUUUGGGGCCGUGUCCCUCGACAGCCCAGUGCAGCCGCCCCAGCAGAGUUGGAACCCGUCGCAACCACCCCAGAGGGACUCUGUCCAAGCCUCGCACUUUUCACAAUCGCAUCCGUAUGGUCACACCCCCGCCAGCAGCGGAUCAUGGUCUGUGGUAGAUCCGCAGAUGAAAGAAGACGGGUAUGGCAACCCCAAGAGUGGCUCGUCGCUCGAUCGCGAGGGCCAGAACGGCAGCCACAACAGCUCGUCUCGCGGCAGCCUGGACAGCAUGGCCCAGGUCUCGGAUAACUACGAACCUCUCCACUACCACCACCAACAGCUCGAGAACCCAAACCCGGCGCAGAAGCCGGCGCCGAAUCCAACCGAAAACACGGCUAACCUGGCUGCCAACUUUGCCAAACGACGGUCCAGACUCUCUCGGCCACUCUCAAUGUACUCAUCCUUGUCGGAGGCUGGAGGCCAUCGGCGGAAUCUGUCGGCGUCGCCCUAUCUCCAAGGCCGGUCCUCGUCAAGGAACUCCACCGCUUCACCCGACAACCGAUCUAUCUCGGUUCUGGAUCUCUUGAACACUUCGUACCCCCAGCCCGGUCCCACGGCGGCACAAUUCGAUAACUCCCAUCUGCGGUUAUCGGUGGGAAACAACGCCUCAUUGCUCAGUCACAAGCAGACGUUCGAGAUGUACUUGGCCAAUGUCAAAAAGACGGACGAGCCGGCGGUGCAGUAUGAGUUUGCAGUGUUCAUGCUGAAUUCAAUGCGCGAGAUGCCUUCGCUGGAUCUCGACGAUCCGAGCUCAAUCACUCCCGCAAGACUUCUCCGCGAGGCUCGAACCAUCCUGCAACGUCUCGCAGACCGCAGCUACCCAUUCGCCCAGUACUACCUCGGAGACGGAUAUGCUUCUGGAUUAUUCAACAAGGGGAAAGAAGACUACGAUCGGGCAUUCCCUCUGUUUGUUGCUGCUAGCAAACACGGCCAUGUCGAGGCAUGUUACCGCGCAGCACUGUGCUACGAGUUUGGUUGGGGCUGUCGUGUCGAUGGCGGCCGGGCCGUGGGGUUCUAUCGACAGGCGGCAUCAAAGAACCACCCGGGUGCCAUGCUGCGCAUGGCCAAGGCCUGCCUGGCUGGGGAUAUGGGCUUGGGCAAGCGGUACCGCGAGGGAAUCAAGUGGAUGAAGCGCGCUGCCGAGACAUCAGAUGCGCAGUACAACUCCGCUCCCUAUGAACUCGGCGUGAUGCACGAGGCUGGAUAUGGCGACGACGUCUUUGCGGAUGCCUCGUAUGCGGCGCAGCUAUUUACCAAGGCUGCAGAGCUCGGCCAUGCGCAAGCCUGCUAUCGCAUGGGAGAUGCCUACGAGCACGGGAAGCUUAAUUGUCCUCGUGAUCCCGCCCUCAGCAUCCACUUCUACACUACGGCUGCGCAGAGCGGGCACCCGAUGGCCAUGAUGGCUCUGUGCGCAUGGUAUCUCGUUGGCGCCGAGCCCGUCCUUGAAAAGGACGAGAGCGAGGCCUACGAGUGGGCUGUGCGCGCUGCCGGUGCCGGUCUUGCCAAGGCGCAGUACGCCAUUGGUUAUUUCACCGAGAUGGGGAUCGGCUGUCGUCGUGACCCGCUCGAAGCCAACGUGUGGUACGUCAAGGCAGCUGAUCAGGGCGACGAGCGGGCCAAGCACCGCAUCGCAGCGAUCAGAGCCGCUGCAGACGGAGCAAACCCGGUCAUGGCUGCUCGCCAUGGCCGGUUCAAGAAGUCUGACGGCAAAACCCAGGGAGGCAACAAGCCCGUUAAACAGAAGCGCUUUGUUAUUUUCUGA